AUGCAGAGGACAGUAGAAAGCAACAAGCAAACUGUGACGGCCUCUUGGUUUUCCCCAAGUCGCCUGACCACACGGCAAACGAUCAUGUGGAGGAGAACAAGCUACGAGAAUCGGCCUGCCGCUUUGAUAAUGUGCGGUUCACGGAGAUUGCAGAUGUCCUUCUUCUUUUUGCAAUGCGUCACCGAGCAGGAAAAGCUUGGCCUCAGCGGCCUUCUCCUCGCACGCAUCCGCUCGGAAGAGUGGACCUCGCGCAAUAGCCGUGGCAAGAAGCAACAUGACGAAUUAAGCAGUCGAGGCACGCAGCAGUUUAUGCAACUGCAGGCGAUUCGCCAGCGACAUCCCCUGCAUGAGGCAAAAAACGAAGCAAGAACAAGUGACCCCGUCCUGGGCCUGGACGCCGGUGUGGACGUCGGAAGGCGUGAGCUGGGAGAAUUCAGGGCUUAG